UUCUGGAGAGCUCCGUCUAUCUUUAUUCAGCCACCCACCUCCCACCGGAUGCCUGAUUUUACGAGAGGGUCGCGACCCGGAGAAGUGGACGCUAGCGAAAGAGGGCAACUCAAUGGGUCAAUUCCCAUGUUGUGAAGUGUUCCGACCAUGGCCACAGGUUACUGCAUAAGAUGCAUCUGGUCUGCUGUGUGAUAAUUAUGGCGGGCAGCUAAAGUCAAAGUCCACCAGGACAGAAAAACACGAAACCUCACAAUGGGCAGCAAAACAUCAACAGCACCGGCGCUCUACGUCGACGAAGACUGCAAUUUCUCAGUCAUCCGCAACCUCCCCAUUCCCGACCCCGUAGACGGCGAGGUCCUAGUCAAGGUGCUCUACUCAGGCGUUAACCCCGCCGACGUCAAACACGCACCGUACAUCGGUGUCCGCUCCGUCACCCUCGGCUACGACUUUUGCGGCCGCGUCGUCCGGACCGCCGGCGAGAAUGCAUCGUCCACCUUCAAGCCCGACGACCUGGUGGCCGGCUACGUACCCACGGGCAUGGGCAAGCCGAUGAGGCACGGCGCGCACCAGGAAUACCUGAGCUGUCCGGAAGACAUGCUCUUCAAGGUCCCAGUAAACCUGCCCCAGACGCACGCCGCGAGCCUCACGGUGGUGCUGACCACGGCCGCCGACGGGCUGUACAACAUUUUCGGCUACCCUCUUCCAGGGGAGAAGGCAAAGGAAGGGUUCAAGCCUGGCCCGCUGCUUAUUUGGGGCGCAUCUGCCAGCGUUGGAAUAUGCAUGCUGCAAUUAGCGCGGGAGAGCGGCGCGAGCCCCAUCUUCGUCACCGCGUCGCCGGGGCGGCAUGAGAUGCUUACGAAGAUGGGAGCGACGCGCUGUUUCGACUAUAACGCCCCAGACGUAAGUUCUCAGAUCAAGAAGGCGGCGGAGGAGGCUGGGGUGGGGCCGAUUCGGUACGCUGCCGAUUGUGCGGGUUCAAAGGGAGAGGUCACCUCGGCUUCGCAGACGGAGGCGUGUGUUAAUGAUAACGCUAUUGUUCUGUCUGUCGUGGCGAAGCCGGGUGGGAGGAUCAAGAUGCCGCUGGCGUCGGCGAACAAGGAGAUUACCUUACAGCUGGGCGGUGGUCCCGUUGUCACAAUACCGGCGCGGCUGGAGGAUUGGGGGAGAAUGUGGAAGGCGUUGAUGUGGUCUGUUGAGAAUUACGGCACAAAGAUUUCGAUUCCCGUGGUGGAUGUGUUCAAGGGAACGGCGGAGGAUGCGCUGGAGGAGGUGAAGAAGGUUGCUGACCAGGGCAAGUUUGGGAAGCUUGUGCUGGAGCAUCCUUUGCUUUGAGGGAUGAGAAAGCCAGAGGAUGAGCAUGAGCAUGAGCAUGAGCAUGAGCAUGAGCAUGAGGUAUCAUUUUCCGAGGAUUCAAUAUCUUGUACUACAUAUGGCUGUCUACUCUAAGCCUUUUGCUGAUUUGAACAAAAUUUAUUCCAUCUAUCCGUGCGCUGAAGAGGCUCAAGGGUUUACGGGGCUCAUGAUGUACUGGCAAG